AUGGCAGAUAAAGCCAACAAUGUUGUGCUAGAUUGUGGGAAUGAAUUUCUUGCCCACUUUGGUGGCAAGGCGUUCUCUUCAUUUGAUGUCUUCAACAAGGUGCUACAGGCCUUCGAGCAGGUAAGUCUAGUCGGCCCAUGUUACCUUACCAAGUGCAAAAUUCUAGGCUACGGCGUCGGGGGCACAAAAUGUCCGACCUACUUCUCGGUGGGGACAAAAAGACAUAAGCUGAUUGUCCGUCACUACAAUAUGCAGCACAAUCAUGGGGCCUGCAUGGACCUUCCACUGGAGGACACCCCUUCUCUAGAGCCACCGAUGGUGGAUGAGAACCUAAAAAACGUCCUCGACCUCAAUGCUAUGAAUCAGAUGACGGUCAGGGACUGUACAGAGGAAUUUCUCAAAAUUUUCCAGACUACAAGUUUUGACACUUUCAACGAACUACAAGCUAAAAUGGACGAAUUCCAAAUGGUGACUGGAAAUCGUUAUGUGAAGACCAACACUCGAAGACUGCCUCCAGACUCCCCAAAUGCGGAAACUCUUGUCUACAGUCAUUUGGUUUACAUUUGCUACCGCUAUGGCACCAAUGUUACCCUCUAUAAGAGCCGUAAACCCCAACGAACUGCAAAAAUUGGUUGUCGUUCGAAAAUUUACUUCUACGUCCACGAUAACCGCCUGCACGAGGAGGAUGUUGAGGAUCAAGGCGAAGAGGACAUGGAGGAGGUGGAUGAAGAAGAAGAGGAGGAGGAGGACGAGGAAGAAGUAGAAGAGAGUAGUUUGCCACUGCUUUCGAUGAUGUUCCAGCAGCCAGGUUGUGCAUCUCACAUACAGCUUGAAAGUACGUCCAUAAUUUGA